ACAGUAACUUGCAAUCAUUCAUUCAAUCAAUCUAUUAUUGUCAAUUUUUUGAAGAAUUAAUAUUUUUUCGAAAACAAGCUGAAAUAUCUAUACAAUAAGACCAGAUUAUGGGUAAUGCAGGUAGCAAUCAACCUAAGGAAUGGCACCGAGAAGCUGCUACAAAAGUAGCUGACACUGGUCCAUCGUCACCUGUAAAAGAAGGAGAAGCAUUUACAUUUGACAAAAAACCAGAUGAUAUCCGUGGAAGUCGGGAUGAAGACAAUAAUAUCGAGGACGGCGCACCUUACUACACGAAAGCAGUUCCUGAAAGUGAGGUGGAAUACAACGUGCCUCGUGAACGUUCCAACACUUUGACCAAUGACAGUAGCAAGGACGUUGAUGAACUUAAAGUACUACCUACUGUUUUUAAAUGGGAAGGUGGUGGCAAGCAGGUUUUUAUCAGUGGAACCUUCACUGACUGGAAAACUAUCCCUAUGGUAAAGUCACAUGGGGACUUUGUGACCAUCAUCGAUCUUCCAGAAGGAGAGCAUCAGUACAAAUACUUCGUUGACGGAGAAUGGCGUCAUGAUCCUACAGUAAAAGUGAUUGACAAUGGUAUGGGAUCUAAAAAUAACUUGGUCACAGUGAAGAUGUCUGACUUUGAAGUAUUCCAAGCUCUUGCCAAAGACAGCGAAGGCAUCCACAGUAGUGCACAAACUGAGUAUUCUCAGGAAAUACCUCAAUCAAAGCCUUGGGAGAAGGUGACUGGACCUCCCAUACUCCCACCACACUUGUUACAAGUCAUACUGAACAAAGAUACACCACUUUCUUGUGAACCAACGCUAUUACCUGAACCAAAUCACGUAAUGUUGAACCACCUGUAUGCAUUAUCUAUUAAAGACGGAGUUAUGGUGCUAUCAGCAACUCACCGUUACAGAAAGAAGUAUGUUACCACUCUCCUUUACAAACCAAUUUAAAAAGGUAUCAUAGGAAAAUGUGAAAACCAAAUAAAAUGUUAGGUCCUUUCCAAAAUCUCUUAAUGCUUGCUAGGUAGGUUAACAUAAAAAAAACAGUGCCUCAUUCUUUAUAAUUGUGUGAAAGCACAAGCAUAGAUUAAAAUUGAUCUUUAAUGUUUAUGCAAAUAAUUAAUUAAUUAAUAAUAAUAUGCACCAGACAACUAAAUGAAGUUGGUGCAGUACCUAGUGUUGAUAUAGACAAUAUUUUUACAAUUGUUUAGGAAAAAUGCAUGUCAAAUAAUGUUUUCUAUGGAAUAAUUAAAGGCAAGGGCAAAUUUCGUGAUUGUGCGCUUCGUUAGUUCUCGUCGUCCCGUUAUUACCGAAAUUAGAUAUUGAGAUAAAUAAUCUUCUUGUUUUGGCCUUUUUAUUAGUUAUUAUUAUGAUAUAGGUCGCGCAACGAAAGUUGAAGCGAACACAUACUCGCACUGAUGUAAUAUUUGAAUACAGGUGGCGCAGUGUGAGUUUACGUCAAACGCAUUCGAUAUCGACUGCAUAAAAAAGUGUAAUUAAUAUGACGGACUGUACAGCGCCCCUAGCGGAAACUUUCAAGAACUAAAAUCUUCAUUUAAUUUUUUAACGCAGUCGAUAUCGAAUGCGUUUGAUGCAUUCCCACUCAUUCACACUACGCACCCAGAACACAAAAAUCAGUCAGAAUACGCAAGACGUCCAGCACGACGAAGCAUAUUAUAGAGAGAGAGAGAGAGAGAUACAUCGUUGCUUGUGUGAAUCGCCUCAACUCGUAAUGCGCGACCUAUAUUUAUUGACAAGAUAUUCAAAUGUUUCUUUAUUAGGUAGUAGUAGUAGGUCUCGUUCAAAUUAGACGUUUUGCACUUGCAAGGAAACCCUCACUAUACAGGGUGAUUGUUAUUUUAUUCCAACGCAGCCAACCAAACCAAUUUUCCGUAUACGCAUGAAUGGACGACUGACGUGCGUCCGGCUCUCAAAACGUUUAAUUUGAAUGAAAGCUCCAUUAGGCCUCAGCCUCGAGUUUAGCGGGCAGCGGGGCGGGAGCGGCGGCGGCGCGGGAGCGGGGCGGGCAACGCAGACCCGUUCUCGAAACAAGCGGGCAGCUCGCGCGGCGCUUUAGCGGCGAAGUGUUGUGUUCGGGGUUGUGUUGUCGAGAUAUUUGUUUUUAUUCGCAAACGAAAUGUCUGAACAACGGCGACAAUUUUAUUUCGAUUUAAAUUUAUUCUUAACGCUCGAUUUAUUGUGGGCAAAAGAAGGAGUGCGCUGCCCGCUCGUUGUCCGCUUUCGCGCCGCUGCCCGCUCGUUGCCCGCUCCCGCGCCGCUGUUUUCGAGAACCGGUCUAUUUUUGAUUUUACGCAUAAGAUCCUGCCGCUCCCGCCCCGCCUCCUCUCCCGCCCCGCUGCCCGCUUAACUCGAGGCUGAGGCCUUAGAGUAGUACAGGUACUAAAUAGUGCGGGCGGCAGAUUUUUUUUAAGUGAAAAAAGGACAGCCGCCCAAUUUAGGCCGAAAGUCGUUGUAGAUUGACAAGAUGGCGCUUACGUGUAGACAACAUGGUGGAAAGUGAGCUUGAUUCUAAUAACUUAUUGACUUUAAAUUAUGUCAUGUGGUGUACCAUGUAAGCGUUUUUACUUGUUUCACCAUCAGGCGGGUCCUCUAGACAUGCAAAAGACACGAAUGGUAGCAUUAUAUCGUUUUAACAACUUCCAUUAAUCUCGUAUAAUGCUCCGAUAGAGUGAUAUCGUAUCGUCUCUACUCCCUAGCCCUGCUGGUGUCACUGUUACGGAUCAUAAUUAUUGCAUGAGUCACCAUAGAUAAGUAUGACGAUUAGGAUAAAAUGUAGGUAUUUUGACAUGAAUCUGCUCUUGCCCCGUGACCAGAAAAGCUUUUGAUUAUUUAUUUAGUUAAAAGCUUAAUUACUUGUCUCAUUCAGUAGGAAUGUAGAUAAUUUAUUUUGUGCAAUAUUAUAUGGAAUUUGGGGCUCUGCUGUAGGUAUCGAUCAGUCUUGUUGAGCAUUAUAGAAGUAUUUGAUGCGACUACGGUUUUACCGCUCGACCACGCCCCGACGUGAUUUGACACACUUUGUACUUAUAUCAAAAGCUUCCGCUGAUGGCAGAUGUUUGCCGGCGCUGGUCGGGCGGUAACACCUCUUGAAACUAAGGGUUAAAUAUCGCUCAUUUGCUUAAAUAUUUUGAGUAAGUAGAUAUCACGUUCUUGUCGCAAUGCGGUAAACUUAGGGUUAAAGUAUGAAUUGCCGUUUUAUAAUAUUUAUUUAUUUUUAAGUUAUUGUUUUAUGUAAUUUUACUAUAUCAAAUGCCAGUAUACUUAAACAGAGGUGAAAUGUUAUAAUUUUUUUCUUCGAUCAUAAUGAAUCAUAGGUAGGUAGAUCCGUAAAAUACUUCAGUAUCUUUCUAAUCAGACUAAUAAUCGGAUUGCAUACAUUACAUGUAAUUAUUGAUGAACUAUGAUAUCAUUCAGUAAAUAAGAACACAGUAUCUGGGUACGAAAAUACUUUAUGACUCAUUAUUUAAUCAUGAUAGUACCAUGUAAGUAAUUCCCAAUCUGAGCUGAUAACUUUGUUGUCCAAGUUUGAUCUUCUUUUGCAUAUCGCUAUAGCUUAAAGCAUAAUAGCACACAGUCGGCGUUAUUAAAGUACCCACACCAUUUGACACUCGUCGUCUCCCGGUGGGCCAAUCGUUACGGUCAAAUGCAUAAUGCCAGUUGUUAGCUGACUGCUGACAGAAUCUUUUUUGGACUAUUUCGUCGUCUUAAAAUGUAUGCUAUGAGUCAAUGUUAAAAUGGCAAAUCGAUAUUUUAACCCUUGUAUUCUUAGACAGUAACAUAAUUUGUUUUUGCAAUACCUAAAUGGUAAUAUGCGGUUAUUCAACAUUAUUUUUAACUGCCAUGUAUCAAUUGGAAUAUAAAUUUAAUUAGACCAGUAGUAACAGAGAAGCAAUGUAAGUGCCAUGGUGUUAACUACCAGAGCAGUAGGCUAGACGGUGUGAACUAUGAACAAUGAUAAAUAAUGUACCAGACAACUUGUUAUUUUACUGGUUUUUGUUAUUUUAUUUGUGAAACGAAAAUACGAAUUCGUUGAAAGAGAGAUGUUUGUAAUAAAAAGGGCAGUGGUAAUGUAGUAUUAAUUAUUAUUGAAAUGUAUUGAUUUGUUGUGAUGGUAGUUAUAGUCUAAUAACGUGUUCUUAUUUACCUUAAUUUUUAUGUUUGCAAUAAUUGUAAAUGACGUGUAACUUACAAUAAUAUUAUUAUUAAUGAAAAUAAAUGUAAAUAAAAUCAUGCUAUUUAUUUUCAGA